GUUUUGUAUAAUAUUUAUCCUUCUUUAAAAAUAAUGGAAGAAGACAUCGCUCCGAAUUAUGAGAUCAGAAGGAAGAAUUUUCAGGGAACCUUGCCUGUUCAGAUCAGGCUAGAUUACUCAGAGAUUUAUAUUGAUAAGGAGUUACCGACUUAUUAUAUCAUGCAGCCAAGGAUGUCCUACUUCUUUCUGCUCAUUCCCCAGUUGAUAGAGUUCUACUCAGAGCUUUUGGAAGGAAAGGGGAUUAGUAAUGAUGAAUAUUGGUUCAGCUGCAGAGGAGAGCCUCUGAGAUUUGACCUACCAAUUGGAGUAUUAUAUGAUACUUUUAUUCGAGAGAAUUCUAGUCAUGACAACCUACCUUUUAAAAUUUGUCUUCAUUAUCAUAAGUUUCCAACCUACUCAUUACAGAAAGGAAUGAGUAAAUAUAUCUUCCAGCAAUCUUUGAAGGAAAGCUCCAUGAUGAGAGUCGGAAAGGCUACUGCAGUCCAAGAUAGACUUGAACAUGUCAGGUCAAUGCUGAAUUCCAUCAAAGAAGGCAAAUAUGAUGACUUCUGGAGAUACAAUGAGGAAAUUGGGGAGCAUAGUCUGAGUCAACUCAAGUAUUUCCCCGUCAGGAUUGUUAUCAACAGACAUUAUCACCCAUACAUGCUCAAGGAGGAGAAGGAUAGCAUAAAAGGGAAUGCAUUUGUAAUCCAGAGACCAGUCAAAGUUGAUGCAACAGAUAUUUGAAUUGGAGAGUAUUUAGCAAAAACUUUAUCAAAAUACUUCUUCAUCCAAACAGAAGUUAUAGUUGAUGAAGACAAUAUUGAAGAGGAAAAACAAAAUGAAGUUGAGGUUGUUGAGAGAUCAAUUAAGGGGACUGAGGUCAUCGUCAAUGGACUGGAUAUCGACCUUGAUACAAGUCUGACUUGGCUCAUCAUGAAUCUAUCAGCUCAAGACAACUUUCUGUACAUCACAGUGCGAGUUCCAAGUGAAAGUAUUGAAUAA